UAAACAAACACCUGACCGUUAACCAAUGACAACAAGUCAAGCUAGCUAGAUAUCUAGCACCGUCGGAGACUACCUCUAUGAAUCUGUGGAUUUAUCCAAACUGUCUGAAAAAUAACCUUUAAGUAGAUAUUUAAUAUUGAGUUUGUUGAGCAUAAUGUCUGGACCAAAUGGAGAUCCAGACAUCUCAAUGGACGAUGGUAUCAACGACGAAGAUGAGUUCGAGGACGAAGAGUACGAAGCCAUCAACUCCACGCUCGAUCAGAUCAACUCCUAUCUGGAUGACCUGGAGGAUCGGAAUGAUUCGCUUAACGGCAAACUGCACGAACUAAUGGAGUCAAACCGGGAAGCCAGGCUGGAGUUCAGGGCCCAACUGCUCGGCUCCCAGACUCAGGAGCAGCCAUGUCCUGCAGACGGGGAUUCCUCCGCAACCAGCAGGGAAGACGUGAAUAAAGACGAUGGGGACUGCAAAUGAGUGAUGAGGAGGAGAGGGGGGGUGCUGAGUUAAUCAAAAUACAUGGAUGGAAAUAUUUAGUUGACUCAACUCCUUACUUCUGUCUGUUGUACCAAUGACCCUUGAUCUGCAUAGUUAAUGCCUAUCCGAUUCUUCUUUAUCGGCAGAUGUGACAUUUUGCUUCUCCUCCGUCACCUCAUCAUGUUUUUCUCCUUUGUUGAACUGUGAUGUGCUGAUGUUUGGUUCCUUAAGCAGAUUGAAGUCUCUAGCAGCUUCUUAUACAAGCUGCACACCACCUGGGACCAUUACAGUGAAAUCUAAGUCGCAUGUGUUGAUUGUUAAGCUGUGACAUCAUGGCAAGAAAUUCUAAAGCCAGGAAGAAACGAGACAUUUAAAAACAGUGACAGUGACCUGUAUAACAUUCCUCGAGAGUUGACCAUGAUCUUAAGAAUCUGUCUUCAUGGCCAAAUAGUCAAAAUAGUCUUUGUAGUGUGCUGAUCCAUUUGGUUUCAGCUUUGUAAUAGCUCUAGUCUCCGUUAGUCUCUGUUCCUGUUUGAUUCAUCCCAAAAAGUAAAUAUGCAAUACUACAGAUGUCUACCAGUGUAUUAGGUUUGAUCUGCAGCAUGACUUUAAAUCUGCUGCACUGUUGUUUAUUAACCUGUUGAGGAUAAGUGAGUUGAUACGAGUUUGUGCAAGUUAAAUAAUAGCCACAAAGUCAAAACGAAGUCAAUCAAGUGGGAAUUGUCAGACAUUUUAAUAUAAAUUAAAAUGACCCCCCCCAAAAAAAAACAGAAAACAAAAAUCCCAAAAUACAUACAACUUCCAGCAGUUAGAAAACAACACCUGUCUGUUCAUCUCAAUGUAGUCAGUAGCUGAAUAAAAAUACAAUAAGAAACAUA